CAUCUUGACUUUUUAAACAUAUCCACACGGACUGAAUAAAUCACAGGGCCCUCCGCUAAGCUGCACAGCGAGCUUGUAGCGAGGCGGCCUGUGCUUCCAACAAGGGACAAUUCACCUCCACCGGACUUUUGCAUUAACAUCCAAAGUAAUAGAUUUUCUCUAAACUUCCUCUGGACUCUGUUGGGAUUUUGGUGGCUCACUGUUGUAUUUAUCGGACUCACACAAAGAAACUGUGGAUGCACACUGGGGGCCGCUCAAUGGCGCCCUGGCCUCGCAUCGCAAUUAUUUUUCUUUGGCAAAUAACAAGGACUCUGUCGUUACACACGACCUGAACACCUUCUCCCCCCCCCGUUUUAGUCCUUUUUCUUUAUCUGUAGUGUUUCCAGCCAAUAUAAAGAAGGUUUAUACAUUAAAGUGACCAGAUUCAGCCCUCUUGUGUGUAGUGUUAACGCUGUUUUAUUUUGAUUAUAACACAGGCCUGUGUGGUUUUUUUUUCUUUCUUGUGCUUUAUUGACUUGAAGUUCCUAGACCUGUAAAAAAAAAAAAAAAAAAAAAAAUGUCGUGUGUUCACUAUAAGUUUUCUUCCAAACUGGAAUACAACACAGUCACUUUCGACGGGCUGCAUAUCACCCUCAGUGAGCUUAAGAGGCAGAUCAUGGGCCGAGAGCGCCUCAAGGCCACAGACUGCGACCUGCAGAUUACCAAUGCGCAGACUCGAGAAGAGUAUACUGACGAUGAAGCCCACAUCCCAAAACACUCAUCUGUGAUCGUCCGUCGCACUCCAAUUGGUGGAGUAAAGCCCGCUGGCAGGACGUUCAUUGUAGAUCGUUCUGACACAGCUGUGGUCGGAUCUUCUAGACCCACUGAUUCUUCUCCUUCUAUGUCACUUGCCCAACUCGCAAAGACUGCAAACCUUGUUGAUGCAAAUGCAUCAGAAGAUGACAAGAUUAGAGCCAUGAUGUCACAGUCAAAUCAUGAAUAUGACCCGAUACAUUACUCCAAGAAAGCGGUUGGGCCUCCACCUGCUCACUACACCUGCUUCCGUUGUGGAAAGGCUGGUCACUACAUUCGGCAAUGCCCUUUACUCAUGGUACAGGAUAAAAGUGUGGAGGGUCCAAAGCCAGUAAGAACUAGUAAGGGCAUCCCACAGAGUUUCAUGGUGAAAGCAGAACCAGGCACCAAGGGAGCAAUGUUAACCAGCACUGGAGAAUACGCUAUACCUGCUAUAGAUAGGGAGGCGUAUGCACAAGGGAAGAAGGAGCGUCCUCCGUUUGUUCCACACGACCAGUCGUCAUCUGAAGACGAUACAGACCCGAUCCCGGAUGAACUCUUGUGUCCAAUCUGCAAUGAUCUGAUGACCGAUGCAGUAGUAAUACCCUGCUGUGGAAACAGUUACUGCGAUGAUUGUAUCAGGACUACGUUGUUAGACUCAGAGGAGCACAUUUGCUACACAUGCAAACAGGCCGACGUUUCACCUGAUAAUCUCAUUGCCAACAAGUUUCUUCGACAGGCCGUGAAUAACUUUAAGAAUGAGACUGGAUACACCAAACAUGCUCGCAAACAGCUUCAAAAUGCAGCUCCACCUCCACCUCGCCCUCAAUUGCUUAGGCCUCUGCACUCAAGACAGCAGGACCCACUGCUAGCCAACAUCUCACAUCCGCCUCCUCCAAGUGUCCCCCUCACAGCCCCUCAAGCACAGCUGCCAGCUCCCACACCUGCACCUACACCUACACCUGAUCCGGCUGCCCCAGCUGCUGCUUCUGCUGCGGCUGCUGCUCCGACUCCUCCUCAUGCUGCUGUUGUUCUGGAAGAACAAGUUUCUUCACCAGGUCCUGCACCUAUUGUUGAAAACCAUUCUCCUCUUCACUCUAUCAGCCAGGGUGAACCGCCUCCACCGGGUGAGUCAGAUCCAGAACCUACAGUGACACCAGACUCAUCACAAAACUCAGAAUCCGGCUCACAGGGCUACCAUUCAAACUUCGCUGGCCACUUGCCACCAAUAAGACAACCUCAAUCAUCAGGUCACCAGUCACGAGCCCACCACUCUAACAGAGGAGGAGGCAGACACUGGGAGAGCAGGCCUUUCAGAAGUAGAGGAGAGCGCCCCUCCCCUAUGCUCCAUACAGCUCCACCUCCUCUUCCAGUUCCUCCAGUGUACCCAGCCCCAUCCCUGUACCCGCCUCCCCCGCAGUCAUACCCUCCACCCUACACCUCUGCCCCUGGCCUCCUCCCUCCUCCCCUCAGUUACCAGCCCCAGCCUGUUUAUGCCCCUGGACCACCAGUGCUCAACCCUCCAUGGGUUGCCCCCGGUACCCAGCCUCCUCUUCUCCCUCUCCCUCCUCCCCUCUCUCAACCCCCCCUCUCGAAGGAAGAAUUCUACAGACAGCGGCACCACAGACAGGACAACAGAGUAACAUCCAAACUGGAUGAAUUUACUAAAGACUUCCACAAAGAGCUUAUGAAGUACAGAAAUGCACCAAAGAGACGAAGACCAUCUUAUUCAAGAUCACGGUCAUACAGUCGCUCUCCAUUCAGCCGUUCUCCUUACUCUCGCUCUAGGUCCAGAUCUAGAUCCAGAUCGAGAUCCAGGUCUUACUCGUAUUCUCCCAGUAGAUCCCGCUCCCGGUCACGCUCCCAUGGCCGGUCUUAUCCACGCUCGCCUUAUUCCAGACGCAAUGGACGCAGCUAUGGACGCUCACGUACAAGAUCCCGCUCUCGUUCAAGGUCUUUUGGGUAUCAGCGCUCUGGCUCACCACGGACUCCUCCCCCCUACCGUGGAGGAGCCUGGGAGGGAGCAGAGGGAGCAGGGCCCUUCAGGUCUAGGUCUCGUUCCCCUGGUGGGUACAGGAGCCGAAGCCCUGGUGGGCGAAAGCAACCUCCGCGGGAGCCUGAACCUUAUGAAGUGAAUGGUCCAACUCCUGCAGGCCAUGAGCGCUGGGAAAGAGAGAGGUAUCGGCAGUGGGAGAAGCAGUACGCAGACUGGUACAACAAAUACUACAAAGAUUAUGAAAACCAACAUCCCUCUCAUCAUCACAGAGGUCGUGGCAGCAGAGACAGGGAGCGGGACAGAAUGUCUCCAUUACCAAGAGAUUAUUCCCCCCAGGGCAGAGGGAGAAGAGGGAGAGAGGAGAGGGGUCCUCCACCUCACCAUCCCCAAUCCUCUUCCUCAUCUGGGACAAAGUCCAGCACUAAAGUCUUGAAGGCAAAGAAAGUAAAAAAGAAGAGGACUGGGGAUGAUUCAGAGCCAUCACAGUCAGUAGACAGAGGUGAUGCUACACCUGUCAGAGAUGAACCAAUGGACGAACUUCCUUCACUUAAUAAAACAUCCCCCACUUCAUCAAAGCCUCCAGGUGGCACUACAACCACUAAAGCUCCAGCCUCUAAAAGCUCUGCUUCAUCUGUUAAACCCUCAACCAAAGCAACAUCCAAGACUCCGUCUGACAAGACGAAGAAGGACAAGGGACUGAAGGUGAAAGCUAAGAUAAAAACGGAGGGUGUGAAGGCGAAGAGUGAAAAAGCGAAGAAAAAGAUAGGUGAUGGAUUGUCUACCAAAAAGAAAGAAUCCUCAUUCUCCUCCUCUUCUGUCACAAAACCGAUCAGGACUAGUAAAAAAACAGAAGAAGCCCCCAACUCCACACCUAAAAAGGAGAAGAGUAAAAGCUCUUCAGUGAGGCCUCCCCUACUUAAGACCCCUCCUCUUCCCUCUCACAACCUUCCUCUACUCCAUUCCUCCCUUCAUGACACUCCUAGACUAGGUCAUGACAUUCGGGGGAGAAGAGAUCUUCCACAGGGUGGCGGUCUCCUUCCUACCCCCCAUCAACAUGGACACCCACUCCUCCAUAGACCUCCCUCCCCGGGCGACAGCCGGAGAAGGAUGGGAGUUGAGGGUCGCUCUUUGCUUGGACCUCCUCCUGGAAAGCUGAGGAGAAUAGAUGGAUUAGGGGGUGAUGUCAUGUCCCUCUCACACAUGUCUCAUCAGCCCCCGCUCCACAGACUCCCACCCUCUUCAGACAGACCCGGUCUUCUGCCCUUACCAGGGAGCCGUGAGAUGAGUCGGGAUGAUGCAGAUCGAGGAUCAAUCAGACCUCUGAUGGAUCUUCAGGUGAAGCCCUUGGCCCAGAGGAGGAUAAAGCUAAACAGAGAUCUGGGAAGAAAAGGCAGCACUGAGACACCACCGUCAGACAGAACACCAUCAGGUUCUGAGAAGACGCCUUCAACUUCGGAUCGAUCUGCUGCUAAUACUGAAGGAGACAGACCCAGUAGCACAGCGGAAACUGCUGGAAAAAAGGAGCGAUCGUCGUCUGCUGAGAGGGGAGUCUCCAGAGAAAGACAAGGGAGUGCUGGAGAGAGACUGCAGGGCUCAGACAGAGAGCAGAACAGAAGCUCAGGACCAGACAGAGAUCGAGACAGAGUUUCAGGACCAGACAGAGAGCGAGACAGAGUCUCAGGAUCAGACCGAGACAGAGCCUCAGGAUCAGACCGAGACAGAGCCUCAGGAUCAGACCGAGACAGAGUCUCAGGAUCAGACCGAGACAGAGCCUCAGGAUCAGACCGAGACAGAGUCUCAGGAUCAGACCGAGACCGAGAUAGAGGCGUGGCAUCUGACAGAGAGAGGGACCGGGUCCCUGGAUCAAGCUCACAGAAGGUUUCUGUAACAGUGGACAGAAACUCUGACGGAGAAAGAUCCGUGAGGACAGAACGAAAGAGGUCCAGUAGUGGAAGUGCAGGAGGCAGGUCUGUCUCUCUGGAUAAAAUGACCAUUGGAGAGAAAUCAGCUGUCCCCAGGAGAGCAGUAGACCAUCAGGAAAAACCAAGCGCAUCUUCCAAGGAAAGAGGAGAGGGGUCAGAAAGAGCUUCAAAAUCUGACAGGAGUGUUUCAAAGGACAGAGCAGAGAGGAGUGUACCCUCAGGAGAGAAACCACUUGCUGCUAACCGAGAAGCAGUAAAAGAUGGUGAGGAAACUGUUGUGAAACGCAAACCGAAGAUCAGCCGUAAAGCCCUAACAAGCCCAACAGCGAGCUCCCUGAGGUCAACUCAAGAAACAAGGCAGGAGUCGGACAAAGACCAGAAGAGUGUCACCUCCAAACCUGCAGAAGAGCCCUCAUCCAGCCCUGUGAACAGCAGAGGCUGCAGCCAAACUGUCAGCCCCCCUCCCAGCCCUGCCAGAGAGGAGCCAAUCAUUCAGCCUCCUCCUCGCUCCAAAUGGGAGAGAGAAGAUGAUGAAGAGGGCCAGGAAAAUGGACCUAGUGCUCCCAAGGAGCCGUCACCAGUGCCAAAGAGGGUAAGAGGCAGAGAGGUUCAGGCUGAAGCACAGAAACCUGUCAGAAGUGCAGGACUGGAGACAACAAGGGAGGAGAGGAGAGGAGUCAUGAGAGAAGAGAAGAAAGUGAGACCACCAAAGGAGGAGGGCAAAAGUGGCAGGACAACACAGACCAAUUCAGAUAAACAAAAAGUAAAGCUUGUGCGGGAUGAAGGGAGAGGAGUAAGGGAAGAAGGAAGAGCUGCAGGAAGAGAAGAGGGGCGCGUAGUGACUGGAAAGGAGGAAAGAGCAGCAGAAGGGAGAGGUGGAGGAGGACGAGAGGAGACUCGUGGCCCAGAGCCCAGGAGACAGCGUCUGUGCUCUGACCUGGGCCGUGAGACAGACGAGGCUGCUUUUGUUCCCGAUUACAGCGAAGGAGAAGGAUCUGAGCCGGAGAGAGGGAGGAGUGGCAGCCUCAGUCCCUCUCUCAGCCAGGCCUCCAACAGCCCCACCCUGAGCAACCACAGCGGCUCGGGAACCACCACCACUACCACUACAACAGACAAGAAGAAGAAGAAACACAAGAAACAUAAAAAACACAAGAAGCAUAAGAAGCAUGGCAGCCAGGAAAAAGAAGGGGAACACAAGGUGCAUAAGCACAAACACAAGAAGAAGAAACACAAAAAGAACAAAGAUAAAGACGCAGAGGAAGAGGAGGAGAAGACCGAGGAAGAAGAGGAAAAGGUUCCAUGUUAAUAGGCAAAAACUCCUGUAACCUUGAGAUAAUGAUGUAUCCAGGAAUAACGGCUAACAAUGUCAUGCUGCUCCAUGUGCUACUCAAAGGGAAGAGAUGAAAUGGAUCUUAGACUGUCCGAGACACUGGAGGAGGGCUGUGUGACUGUUACUCAAAUACUUCAUGUCACUGCAGGACCCCAACACUCACACAGUUUUGUCGUGCCUGGCUUACAGCUACUGAAGUUUCUGCAUCUUUUUUGACUUUGGGUCAGGAAAAACUCGAGAGACAUGCCGUACUGCACUAUUGUGAUCAACCUAGAGCGAGCCAGAAAAGACUGGAAGAUAACUGAUCACACACAGCAGUAUGCCAGAGCGACUGGAAUAAAUGCUGUGCUCAGGGAUGUGAUUGCUUCUUUGCAGAGAAAGAAUAGCUUUUUCUCUGUAUGAUUCAUUUGUAAAUAGAGAUGAACUGUUGCUUCACAUGCAAAUAAUUUUUUCCUCAGUUUAUUUUGCUCACGUCCCUUUGUGCUGUUCAAGGCUUAAAUGCUGAAUAACCUUCAUUGCAGAGGGGAUACUUGUAUGCUCUUUUUCAAAGACUACUAUGUGUUUUAGCAUGUUUUAGCACAUUCGCUACAAAUCAAUUACAUUAUCUUUCUGCUGACCAUUUCCAAGUUGAUGAUCUCAUUUUUACUCAGCCAUCAUUUUCAGUUCAUGCCAGUGCAGUUUUGAUUAGUUUUGAACUAAGUUGUGAUGUGAAUAAAAGAAGGCAACAAAAACAGAUAAGCUACUACUUAGCCAGGUUUAAUCUCCAUAAAUAUAACAUGUUUUAAUCCAGUUAAAACCUGGAAGAUUAUGAAGCUCUGAGGAAAUAGUCGAUAGUAAAGAAUUUGUGAUAAAUGUGCUAAUACAGGCAAACUCACCAGAAAGGUCUUUACAGUUAAAUCAAACCUGUAUGCAUUCAUGCUUCACUGGAUUGUAAACAUCUAGGAUGUGUUUAUUAAUAAUUGAAAAUCAAUCUGCAUGUUUUUGUUCCAAAGGUGCAGUAAUUGUCCAUCACAUUGUCUGAGUGAGUGAAUGUGUGUGAGGUGAUGUGAACAUGAUGUUGAAGUGUGAUUUCCGACAAAGUGGAGGAUUAAUGUUCUUACAAAUAAGUAGUUCUUUUUUUUUUUUUAUUAAAAUGUUUUGACCUCAUGAAA